GAGAUAUGAUAACCGCAGGGCAUUGCUUCGAGGAGGCAAUCCUAGACUUGUUCACGAAUCAAGAUGAUGGAAAUUGCAAAUAUAUCUGUAGCGUGGAGCCAAUGAUUCUUCGUUUUUCGAAGUCGAAUACCGGCCAACAACAGCUUGAGCGCAUGCUAGCGUCAGCCUCGUAUGUUCGCUUGGAGAUUAUGUGGGCUUGUACAUGUAUCGAGGAUAUGGUAAUUACAGUGUUCAACACUUGGUUUCGGGCUGGUGGGGAGAGGGUCUGGAUGCAGGAGCACGCAGAAACGUAGGUGAAGGCAGCCGUGCCGUACCGCGUCCCGUACCAAG